AUGUCCAAGUGUGUUAAAGUUACRACGUUCACAUUUAGCCUCAUUUUGUGUGUUUUCUCUCUUUYAGUGAUUCACAAGUUUGACUAUGUGUUUGCUGAGAACGGGACAGUUCAGUAUAAAGACGGRAAACUCUUCUCAAAGCACGCGAUCCAGAACCAUCUGGGAGAGGAGCUGCUGCAGGAUCUGAUCAACUUCUGCCUGCGGUACAUGGGGCUCAUUAAGCUGCCAAAGAAAAGGGGAACGUUUAUCGAGUUCAGGAACGGGAUGAUCAACAUUUCGCCCAUCGGUCGCAGCUGCACCCUGGAGGAGAGGAUCGAAUUUUCAGAAAUAGACAAGAGGGAGAAGAUCCGGGAGAAAUUUGUUGCUGCCCURAAAAAGGAGUUUGCUGGAAAGGGGCUCCGCUUCACCAAAGGUGAGAGAAUCGAACGAGGCGAAUCCUGUUCCCGUCGCCUCGGAUSCCUCUCUGCAUCCAUGCAGGAAGGCGGGCAAAAGGGAAAACAGAACAUCUUGUUUCUGGCGACACUCUGUCAGGAAGGACGCCGCUCCUGUUUCCAGGGAGGAAACGACUACGAAAUCUUCAACGACCCRAGGACGAUCGGCUUCACCGUCUACUCGCCCGAGAACACGGCCCGGCUCUGCCGCGAACUUUUCUUUGACUCGUCGCCGCGCCUCAUCGCCAUACCUCCGGCCAAAAACUCCACCGAACUGGACGGCAGCAGGAACAUCGAGCGCAGACUUUUAAUGAAGUGCUGAGUGGCACCGUUACAGACGUCUCCUUGUUGAUAAUGUUAGUUUAAUAUAUGAGUGAAAGACAGGAGGAGGGUUUUUAUUUAAAGGCAGCAGAUGUUGAAGUGAGCGUUGUUGUUGUUUUAAGUACUGUGCCAAAAACUACGUUUGACUGCUGGGAUGAGAAAUAUGUAACCUUGAAAUGAACCCAAAAUGAACAGGAUGUUUAUCUUCCAGAUGACUUUGGGUAUUAUGCGAUAUUUUUUGCACUAAUGAGAGAUAAUAGUUAUCGACAAACUCACGGCAGUAAGGGACGGCGGAGACUGCAACAUGAUUUCUCUUUGGGUUUUGGUUAUUAACUUCUUCAAAACAAGGAUCUUUCUGCAUUUAAAGUUUAGGAUGUACCAAAGGGACACRAYAUAACAGGUGCUUUAAUUUUUAAACUGGAUCCGUUUUAAUAUGUUAACCAUUUAACUAUCUGGUGUCAAAUAUUUACAUCGGCUUCUCAAGUGUCCUGAAGUGAAUAUGAACUCCUUUAAAUGCAUUUGAGGGAACAAUCAGCAGAUUUAAAAGGGAAAAUUAACUUUUUAUUUUUUAAAUCAAAGUUCUGUUGAGUGGUGGUGAACAGUCAAUAUCUUAACAUAUGAAAUGUCAUUUUUACAUAUCGAUGUGUUAAUUUGAUUUCAGUGGCCAUCCAAAGUCAUUCAAGUUUGACUAGAUGUUAGCAAAAAAAUGUUUAGGAGCCAUCUUACAGCAGGUAAGAUGAUUACUGCUCAUAGCCUCUCAACAGAACCACCUCUCAACUUUCACCUUUUUAAAAUACCGUCCAAAAUGUGUUCAGUAAGCCCUUUUGUAUCUCAGCUGCAUGUUGCAUCUUAGGGACCCGGUUUUAUUUGAAUCUUUUUAACGGUUUUGAGUUGUUCAUUAAGAAAGCUGAAGCCUGAAAACAUUCCAGAGACACAUUUGUAUAUCAAGUCAAAAAAUAUAUCAUUUCUGUACCUGUUUUCCGUUUGCAUACAUUUGCCUGAAUAACUGAUAUAGAUUUGAAAAUUWAAAAAAAAAUGUUGAUAGAUGCUAAAACAAUUUUAGAAGACCAUUUGAACACAUUAGAAACUCCUGAUAAGGGAAUUAUCUGAUGACAUAAGCAGUGCUUCAUGACUUUUGCACAGUCUGGAUGUUUAGGAAUGAAUGUGGGAAUUCAUCUCAACCAGUGAAUUGAGCUGCUGUGACCGUGUCACUAUGUCAGCUUCCAAGGCAAGAAAAUGUUUGAUCAGUCUUUAUCUGCACUUAAUUAUUUUCAUAAAAAGUGUGCGAGACCUCGAGAUGUUUUCUGAUUGGUUGGCCUUGCUUCAGAUAAAAUGUCCGUCGCAUUAAAGUCUCCAAAUUUCUGAGCUUGAGAACAUUUUAUGAAAUGUAUGCUCGUUUUCCACCACUGUUUUAAGUGAUUUUAACCAGAUUUUGAAUGUACAUAUCUAAUGUUUUAUGGUUUGGGAACAAACAAACCCUCACAAAAUAAAUAAAUACAAAUCUGACCAUACACACUCCUUCAAGCUGAAGGGCUUUGGUGGACUUUAAAUGCAAAGCUGACAGUCGCCUCAAAACGUUUGUGUGGAAAUAACUGGAAGAUCGAGCAUGUUGGUUUUUCAAAUACUCGUGGAGAAAAACAAACYAUUUAACGUAAUAAAUCUCUUUAAAACCUUGA